AUGGAGCCCGGCAGCCGCGGCGCCGCGCCCGGCGGAGUGUCGGUGUCGGCCGUGCUGCCGGCGGGCGGGAGCGGGGAGCGCCUGGGCGGUGCCACCCCCAAGCAGUUCUGCGCCGUGCAGGGGAGGCCGCUCGUCAGCUACGCGGUGCGGGCCAUGGAGAGGAUAAGUUGGAUAUCUGACAUUAUUGUGGUGGUUUCUCCUGAAAAUAUUGAAACAAUGAAGACUAUCAUUGAAAAAUAUGGUCACAAAAGAGUUACAGUAGUAGAAGGUGGAAUAACUCGUCACCGGUCAAUAUUCAAUGGACUGAAAGUAUUUGCAGAGAAUGAGUUUUCCAGCUCUUUGCUCCAGAAGCCAGAAGUAGUGAUCAUCCAUGAUGCUGUGAGGCCUUUUGUUGAAGAAGAUAUUAUUUCAAAAGUGGUUAUGGCUGCUAAAGAACAUGGGGCAGCAGGAGCAAUCCGUCCUUUAGUUUCAACUGUUAUUGCCUCUGCUGCUGAUGGCUGCUUGGACCAUUCACUGGAACGUGCCAGAUACAGAGCAAGUGAAAUGCCUCAGGCUUUUUUGUUUGAUAUCAUCUAUGAAGCAUACCAACAGUGUACAGACUAUGACCUGGAUUAUGGAACUGAAUGUUUGCAUCUGGCUCUGAAAUACUGCAAAACAAAUGCCAAACUUGUAGAAGGAACAGCUGACCUCUGGAAGGUGACCUACAAGCGGGAUUUGUAUGCAGCUGAAUCAAUCAUUAAGGACAACCUAUCACAACAAGUUUGUGUCAUCACCAAUGUGAAGGAAACUCUUGCACAAGUAGGUUUUCUCCUUCUUGAAUCUCUGAAAAGCCAAAUAAAAGUUGAAGCUAUUUCAGUAUCUCUAAGCAAAAAUAAUAGCUGUCUGCAAAACGUCGUUUCAGGACAGUGCUACAAUUUUGUUUGUGUAAACGAUAAAAGCUGUGCCCUUCAAGAAACCCAGGAGCUAGUGGAUAUGUUGGAAAGAUCAAAUAUUCCUCUCUUAUAUCCAGUUGUCCUUAUUUCGGUACACUUGGAUAUUUCAAAUAAUUCUUUCAGCAUUGGAAUGGAAGACCUGAAUAUGAUCAAGAAAUUUGCAAGAGAAACUAAAAAGAAAAACAUUUUAGUUUAUGGUCUCCUUAUUCAGUAUAAGGGUUGCCAGGUGGUGUCCAUGCCCUGUUUGAAAUGGCUGACACAAGGACAGUCCCACAUCAGCAUGUGAAAAUACUGUGUGUCUCUUCACAAAACAUUUGUGUGUCUUGGUUCGUUACCUCAGCUAUCUACCCAAGCAGCCGCAGGACAUCUCUUUCAAGACAGCUUAUGGGCACAUCACAUUUCACCUUCCUGAAGGUGAAGAGGACAGGAAGAAGAGGAAACUUAAUUUCAAAGGUCAGCAUUGCCAAAGCUUGCUGAUUUUGAUAAAGAUGGUAGACAGUGACAUCACAUGUACUCAGUGUUCCUAUGCUUUAUGACUGGAACUCCAUUGCAUGAUGGAAAUGUUGCAGGAGAAUGACUGAUCUUGACUUUCACCAGCGCUGUACUAGGCAAAAGUAACAAAUGGUGUCAUUGCUGAAGCCUGUGAAACAAUAUUUGUAGUCAUGGUUGUAACUGGAGCCAACGACAGAGGCACUGAACCAGAAUCUACAUAGAACCCAAGCCUUGCCAAGGUCACAUGUUAUUCUAUUUAUUUGUUUUAACUUGACUAAGUAGGGUUUUGAUCAUUUAACCAUGGCCCUUGUUCAUAAGAGUCCUAUGGGCUUGUGAGAAAACAACUCUUUGGUGUUUUUAAAUAUGAUUUCAAUUAAAUAUUGUUAUUCAGAACAAAUGUUUUCACCUACCAUAUCAUGUAACUACAAUCUGUGCUUUUGCCUUCAAGUCUGUUAUAGCGAACACAGGUUAAAUGACCAUAUAAAAUAAUUAACAGUGGCCUUGUUUAAAAAUCAGAUACAGAAAUAACACUGAAAAUCCUAAUCUCCAGUGUACUUGGCCAAAACAGCCAAUUCUUUUGGCCAAAUUCUAAAGUACUGGUUUUUGAACCAUGACUGUAGUAAGCUUCCCUAGAAUUGAAUACAGGCCACUUGUUGCGGGGAUAUGUUCUCAGCUGAAGGCUGCAUGUUGGAAGUGAUUAUUAGUGUUUUUAAUUAUAUCACAGCAAGUACUGUAACAAGUAGAUACAUUAUUUUUUAGUUCCAUUUCUUAGCCAUUCAUUCUGUAUAAAGAUGUGGCUGUGUUCUGCUCAACACCUGACACAUGCUUCUCCAAAAUGGCUCCAUUUCAAAUGUAAGUGAAGUGAUCCCUGCUCAGAAGGCCUAAUAUACAAAAUUAUUGAACCCUCAUGUUUCUGAUGGAAGACAGGGCGAGUUUUUGCUUAAAAACCCUUUCUGAACAUUGCCACCAGCAGCAAUUGUUUGGGGGAAAAAUAGGCUAUAUGCUACCUAUAUGUAAUCACAUUUUUAUUUUUUAUGCUAAAUCAUACUGAAAUUCCUAAUGCAAAAAAAAAAAAAAAAAAAAAGAAACCAAACAACCAAAGGAAUAGUGCAACCUGUAAAAUAAAGCUUUUGCUAAGUACCCUCUGUCUUCCCAGCUUUACUAGAAAAGCUGCCAUGAGCCAUCUUUUUAAUAACAUUAGGAAAUAUAAUGUUACAAAGUUACAAACAUUUAUAAAGGCCCACUAAAUAUUAUGUCAAACUUGAGGGUCUGACCUUUUUAACCUCAAAACUACAGACGUUUUAACCAACUUGUGUUCAUAAAAGAAAUAUUGAUAGACUCUUAACUCUUGUGAAUCCAGUGAUUGCCGGCAUAAAGAAAAGCAAUAACACAUUCUGCAAUAUGCUACAAUAAAUCUGUAUACAACAUAGUUUAUAGAUUUGUAAGUUUUAGAUUGUCAUGAUAUUUUUCUGUGUUUAUCAACAACAUUAAAAAAGCCCCAAAAAACAGUAAGCAAACCUGGAAUACCACAAGUCAAUCAAUAAAAUUUAAAAGUUCCAGUGAAGCUAACCUAUAACAGGUCCUUGUUUGGAGAACAUGCUCAAGAAACACAUGUGCCUUUAAGAGGUCUUGAAAGAAUUUACACCCAUGGACCAUUACCAUUUCCAAACACCCUGCAGCUUUACCAGCCCAACAUGUGCUGACUGUAUAUCACCAUGACCCUUUCACUAAAGCUCUUUUGACUGGAGUGCUUUUAAUACCCACUUUCUCAGCUGAGCUCAGGAGUGAUUUGUUUUACAUGCCACAUUAAUCCUUUCCACAUUUUCUGGAUGAGGCAACCACAAUUCCACUUGUGAGGUGUUUCUAAAACAUAGUUAUAGGAAUAAAGCAGCAGGGUCCCAGACUUGACAACUUCCCUUCGGGCGGCUGACAAAGUGGGCUAUCGUGGCUGGUGUGGGAGCUAGCACUUGUGCCCGGCAGCCAGGGUGGCCUGCUCUCCAUGGUUAGUCAGAGGCCCAAUUAUUGUUGGCAAUUCAGCCACAAUUAAAACCCUGUAGGGAUCUACAUAUAUUUAAUGUCCAAUGAAUGCUGAUGCAGAUUAAUAAAAUGCAGCUCGUCUUUUAUAAGCUCGAGAUGAAAUGCAACAGAGAGAAACAGAACUAAAAGUAUAAAUCGCAGCUCUGUAAAACCCAAGAAGUUUAUGCCUCACACCUACGUGAUUGGAGGAAAAGAGCGUUUUAUAAAUGGGCAAUUAGUGUUCAGUGUACUGGCUUUUAUUACGUGGUAAUUUUACAGUUUUCACUUUAAAGACACCCAAAAAAAAAUCAAAGGCCAAAUGAAUUUCUGUUGUAUGCAUUUAUGAGCUUUCUGCAUUUAUAAUGUUAGCUCAAUCUUACUAAUGUAAGGGUAUGAAAAUUUAGUGUUGUCAACAAGGCUAACAGAGUGGACCAACCAAUUAUAAAACUGUUUUUACAUGUCAGCGCUGUGCACAUUUUAUUAACAAGUUAGUAUUAUACUCAAUUUUUUAUGCGUUAAAUCGAACUGUACAAGUAACUGCAGGACAAAAAUUAUGUUUCUACACAACUUAAUUUAUUGCUCUUCCCCCAUAAAUUUUACUUACAAGUUCAAUGGUCUGAGCUGAACUAUAAAUUAGAGUGAGGUGAGUCUUAUAUAUAACUUGAUUUACUCUGGUAAUUUCUGAAGGAAGUAUCUGAAUUUACAUGCCUGUCUACAAUUGUCUUUACAGCAAGAUGAAGUAACAGUAUAAAAAAAGCAGUGGCUGAUGAAGAGUUCUCUCUUAAAGGCUUUUACACUCACAUGCAAGGCUGUUCAACAAAACUCCAAAUAAAAAAAGUAACUUCAUAAGCCAUUCAUGCUGUGUGGCAGGUGUCACCAGAUGAUGCCAUUUCAAUCUUCCAGACUUUGUUUUUUUCCUCUUUUGUUUUUAAAUUUAAGCAUGUACAUAAAUAUUCACUUCUGGAACAAUAUACUACUUUUUAAAUUUGUGUUAUUAGAGUUGUGUGAAGGGAGCUUGGAGUGUUAUUGGAAGGUUGGAGGUUGCUACUUGCUUUGAUCUAGUAUACUAAAAUCUGUUCUUCAGGUGGAAUUGUUGCUUGUAAUCCCAAUUUUACCGAUGAGUAAAUCUGAGACUCUUUAACCAGGGAAUUACUUGCACACUGUUUGAUUCUCUGUUUCAG